AUGCUCUGGCUCUGGCGUUCAAUGGGAGGUGCAGGAGAUGGCAAAGUGGAAGGUGUUGACGGACUCAACUUGGACAGGUGUGAGCAGUGGCCGCUGCUUCCGUUAUUCGAAAUGGUGUCAUGGACAGCACUGGGGAUUGUAAAUGCACGCAGCGUGAGUCCAUCAAGGUGUUGUCAAGCAUGGAAUGGUGGGUGGGGGAAGGAGAGUGCGCGCGGGGGUCGGGGAGAGGAUUGCACCUUGGGAGUGGUUGUACAUGGACAUUGUCGCGAGCGUGUGCUCGUCGAUUGCUGCUUGCGCUGCAGAGCGGGAAGAAUGCAUGGAAUUAUUGAAGAAGUUGUUCAGCGUUGGUCAACAAUGCGGAUGCGUGAAUUCGAAUGCAAAAAGGAAAGCGAGCGUAAAACAAGAAGGACAACGGAGGAGAGGCAACGCAAGCGGCGGAGCAAGGAGCGGGAGGGAUGGGAGGAAUGA